GUCCCGGCAUGCACUGCAGGGGCGGGAGGGCCGGCUGAGCCCUGAGGAGGAGGGCGCGGCUGCGGGCGGCUCUCGGUGCGCGGCUCUCCGUGCCCGACUCUUACGGCUUCUUUGGGGUGGCACCCGGCGAUCAGGAUGUCGAGGAAUUUCUCUGACACAGGCAGCAGAAAAGAACAUGUUAAAAUCACAAGUGAGUCCAAACCAGGAUUCCUGGAGAGGCUCAGCGAGACUUCUGGAGGCAUGUUGAUGGGACUUGUGACAUUUCUUCUGUCUUUCUACCUUCUUUUUACCAAUGAAGGACGAGCUUUAAGGACAGCCAAAUCUCUUGAUGAGGGACUUUCUCUUGUGAUCCCCCUUGAUAGCAUCCACAGUGUGUCUCAGCAGAAUGAAGGGAGACUGGUGCACUUAGCUGGUGCUCUGAGUACAUCUAAGCCUUUGUUUGAUCCCAGCUAUGGGCUCUCCAUCCAGGCUGUCAAACUUAAGCGUAAUGUGGAAAUGUACCAGUGGGUAGAAUAUGAAGAGUCCACGGAAUAUGAAGAGAAUGGUGAGAUUAAGAAAGAGACAAAGUAUUCGUAUAAUACUGAGUGGAAAUCGGAAGUUGUGAACAGCAGAAACUUUGAUCGAGAAAUUGGACACAAAAACCCUAGUGCAAUGGCUGUGGAGUCUUUCACUGCUGUUUCUCCUAACGUCCAGGUUGGCAGCUUUGUUCUUUCCAAGGGUAUUGUGGAUAAAAUUGAUGACUUCAAGCAGUUGAGCUUGUCACACCUUGAGGAUCCACAUGCUGAUGUUACCCGAGGAGGGGAUUACUUUUACCACAGCGAGAACCCCAGGCGUCCAGAAGUAGGAGACCUUCGUGUCUCGUUCUUCUAUGCAGGUCUGAGUGGAGAUGACCCCCAUUUGGGCUCCGCUGAUAAGGUGACUGUGAUUGCUCGCCAGCGAGGUGAUCAGCUGGUUCCAUAUCAUACCAAGUCUGGAGAUAUCCUGCAGAUUCUGUACCCUGGGGAUCUCUCUGUGGAGGAAGUGUUUCAGAAAGAGCAUGAGAGUAACACCAUGAAGACCUGGGCUCUCCGUGCAGCAGGCUGGCUGUCAAUGUUUGUAGGCAUCAGUCUAAUGACCCGAAUCUUUUACACUUUAGUGGACUGGUUUCCUGUUGUGAGAGAUCUGGUUAACAUUGGAUUAAAAGCAUUUGCCUUCUGCGUAGCCAGUUCGCUGUCACUGCUGACCAUCUCCAUCGGCUGGCUCUUCUACCGCCCUCUCUGGGCGUUGCUGAUCGGGUUGCUCUCUGUAGUUCCAAUUGUGGUUGCAAAAUCUCGUGUUCCACCAAAGAAGCAGCAGUGAGGAGGUGGUUGGGUUUUGUGCUGAAUCCUGGUUAGACACUUUUCCAGUGCAUUUCUGUCCUGGUUGCUGCAGCAUGCUUACAGCGUCCCACAGUUCAGCAGUAUGCACCAAGAGUUGGGGAGGGGGCUUGAAUGUGAUCAUUGAUACACAGUAUCCACGGAAAAUAUGACUAUAGGAUGCUGUUUGUAGGAAGCCAAUGACACUGACUUGGGGAAAAAAGCCUUUUGGAAUGUCUGUAUUGAUUAUAAGUUAGUGAACAAGCAGAUCUGUACCUUUUACCACUUACUAAUUCCCCCUGAUCUGAGAACUGGCAAGUCCUCACUGACAGGUGGGGCAAGGUGGAGAAGGUUUCAGCUUCAUUACAUGGACCGCGAUUAGAUAGCCUUAGGAAAUGCGUGUGUGUACCUGUCUCUGACAAACCCUCCCGCUGCUGCCUUUUCUUCUGUGUACAGUCACGUACUCUUCUUUGGCUGAUGCGUUUGGAAGUGUGUGUGUGUUCAAAGGAAAACCACAACGUAGUCAGCUGUCACACAAUACACAAGAUGUUUGCUUUUGGACUCGGGAUUUUCAAAGUAACUUUUGGAAUACUGAGCGGCCAGGUUAGCAGUGCUCUGUGGUACAGCGGAUUUGUCAAAGCAUUGAUUUCCUCCAACUUUUUAAGUCUCUGAAGUUGUUCUUGGUUAAGCAUCCAAAAUGGUAAUGUGGACUAUACCAUCACAUAACUAUUUCAAAAGUUUAAUUUCAAAUUGCACUUAUUUAAGGGGAUACUUAGAGGUCACUAACCUUUAAAAAUCAACCUGCUGUUUUGAAAAAAAACUUAACUUCUAUAAUUGAAUGUAUAUUCUUUAAAAUAUUUGGGGUUUGUUUUCUGUGUAUACUGUUUCUUUCUUGAAUUUCAUCUAGUGAGGACAAUGAACAUACUCCAUGAAAUCAAAUAAUGAAAACAUUUUUGUGUGAUUAGAUUUCGUAGAUGUUAGCCUAAAUUUUGAGCUUUUUACCAUGUUAGAGGAAUGCCUUCUUGCAGUAUUGUGAUGACUCAGGUUUCUGUAUUUGUGCUGUAACCAGUACUUGAGAUUAGAUACUGUCUUGUGCUGUUCCUGAGUCUCUCUCCACCUAGGUAAGAGUCUGGCUUCCAGAUGUGCCCUCCCUAUGCUACGGUGGGUUUUCUUCUGCAAGUAUACACAGUUCAGUACAAAAAUAAUGUCUUAAUUUAUGAAAUUCAGUUAUGACUGUCAGAAGAAAUGUGUUCCCUGUACCAAAGGAACUUAACAUGAACAUUCAUAGGAACAAACGUUUGCUACAAAGGGUACCGGAAAUAGAAAUCUGAGUUAUAAGUAUUUUGAGUAGUACCUACUUUAUUAGCCUUAAUUAUUUUCAUUCUUCUGAUAUUUGAAUGUUGUCAAUUCAGUCUCAUGGCUCGGUUCUGCUGGUAAAAGCAGUAGUAAUCAGUGAAAGGUUAUAGGAGGUGUAAGUGGUCUCAUGCAUGCAGCUGACAUGAGUUAAUGAUACUGUGCAGUCUGCCCACUGCUCGCUAACACCAGCUUCUGCUCCAUCAGUUAAGAAUUGCACUCCACUGGGGAGAAAAGCAGGUGUCAGACUGCUCUUUCACCAGUGAGGCAGGAACCUAACCAGCAUUACUAUGUUAGAGAUGAGGAUACAGUUUUCUACACAAGUGCUGAGCUUUUGUAUAUUUAAUAAAAUACGAUUUUCAAAA